GAUGAAGACAAAGAGCAGCCUACCGGUGACACCAAGGCUGCCCAGGAGCAGCAGCACCCGCAGCGAGGCAAAGGAGGUUCUCGCCUGCUGAUAGAGGUGACGCCGAAGAUCCGGGAAUUCCUUGAGAAUCUCGCAUCGCGGAAAAAGCAGCGUUGCAUCAUUGCGCAAGACAGAAUCGAUCUUGACGUCCUGCAGCGCUUGGUCAAGGAAUGGAACUCGGAAACCGCGAAGAACUGCCAGAAUGUGUGCAUGGCCGACUUGGUAGAGGGCUCUCAUGUUGUUGAGCGAAUUGAGGCUCCUCCCGUGCACCUCGAGUCUCUCAGCUUCAAAGAGCGCACUAGGCUUUUAGCGGAUGAGAGGAGGCACCAAGCGGCCGUUCGAAGCUUAUGGGGAGAGAAAGGUGGCCACCAGGACUCCUUCGCUGAUCUCAAUAAAAGCCUUGCGAUGGGGGUUAACGCGCUCCUUGGACUGUUCCUCACGUUCCUCGGCGGCUACUGGGCAGCACUGUACAGCGGAGUCGAGACCUUCCAAACUCGCGUGGUCGUGGGCCUCGUCUGUUCCAUUGUGUGCCUGGUGGUGGAGGUGCUGCUUUUUGCGAUUCACGACGAGCGGCAGAGGCUAAAGGCACAAAAGAAGCUGUCUCGAGGCCUCGUGCUCAAAUCAAUCUAG